CCCCGGAGGCCCCGGCCGCCGUCGAGUCGGCGCCGCUUCCAGGGCCUAGGGACGCCGGGGCGCCUGACGCCCCCCGGGCCCCCCCCGCCGCCCCCGGGCAUCAAGUGCGCCGUCUGCGGCAAGCCCUUCGCCGACGAGGGGGCGCUGUCCCGGCACCACCUCCAGGGGCACGCCGGGCAGGGCCCCUUCGCCUGCGCCCGCUGCCGACGGGUCUUCGCCCGCUCGGGCGAGCUCCAGGCCCACCUGGCCUCGCACGGGCGCCCGGCACCCGGCUACGCCUGCGGGGAGUGCGGCCGCCGCUACAGCCGGGCCUCCCACCUGCUGCGGCACCAGCGCAGCCACACCGGCGAGCGGCCCUACCCCUGCCCGGCCUGCGGGAAGGGCUUUGUCAACUCCUACGAGCUGCUGCGGCACCAGCUCACCCACACCGACGCGGCGCCCCACCCCUGCCCGCGGUGUGACAAGUCCUUCAAGCGCCCGCACUACCUGGCCCAGCACCUGCGCACCCACUCCCAGGAGACCCCCUACGCCUGCCCCUCCUGCGGCAAAGCCUUCAAGACCGCCUCCUACCUCCUGAAGCACCAGGGGCGCCACCGGCCCGACCCGCCCCGGCACCGGUGCCCAGAGUGCGGCAAGGCCUUCCGCUACCCCUACGAGCUGGCCCGCCACGCCCGCUCCCACUCCGACCGGGCGCCCUACCCCUGCCCGGACUGCCCGCGGGCCUUCAAGAGCAGCCGCGACCUGGACCAGCACGCCCGGCUCCACACCGGCGAGCGGCCCUACGUGUGCGGUGCCUGCGGCAAGGGCUUCACCCGCUCCUCCAUGCUGGGCCGCCACCGCCGCACCCACAGCCCGCUGCGCCCCCACGCCUGCCCGGACUGCGGCCGCUGCUUCAAGGCGCCCGCCGGGCUGAGGGGACACCGCCGCCGGAACUGCCGGGGCGGGGGAGGGGCCGCCGGCCAGCCGGGCCCCUCGCCGACCCAAUAUCCGCCAACAACGUCAACCCAGCACCCAUCGCCAACCCAAUAUCCGCCAUCAACGCCAACCCAACACCCAUCGCCAACGCAAUAUCCACCAACGCCAACCCAACACCCAUCGCCAACGCAAUAUCCACCAACCCAACACCCAUCGCCAACGCAAUAUCCACCAACGCCAACCCAACACCCAUCGCCAACGCAAUAUCCACCAACCCAACACCCAUCGCCAACCCAAUAUCCGCCAACAGCGCUCACCCAACACCCAUCGCAAUCCCAAUGUCCGCCAACGCCAACCCAACACCCAUCGCCAACAAUGCCAACCCAACACCCAUCGCAAACCCAAUAUCCGCCAACGCCCACCCAACCCCCAUCGUCAACCCAAUAUUCGCCAACAACGUUCACCCAACACCCAUCGCCAACAACGCCAACCCAACACCCAUCGCCAACCCAAUAUCCGCCAACAACACUCACCCAACACCCAUCGCAAACCCAGUGUCCACCAACAACGCCCACCCAACACCCAUCGCCAACCCAGUAUUCGCCAACAACGCCCACCCAACACCCAUCGCCAACCCAGUAUUCGCCAACGCCAACCCAACACCCAUCAUGUACGCAACACCCACCGUCCGCCCAACACCCACCGUCCACCCAAUAUCCAUCAACGACCCAAUAUUCACUGAACCGACACCCAUCGCCCACUCAAAAUCGGUCAAUGACCCAAAACCCAUCGCCAACGCAAGACCCAUCGCCCCUUGAACCCCGGUCGACCCACAAGCGACGGGGGUCCCCGGAGCCAGCGCCCGGUGACCCAUGGGUGCGAAGAGACGCAGAGCCCCCGGCGCCUGGCCCCCUCCCGUACGACUGCUCCCUCUGCCGUGGCUCCUUCCCCCAGCUGGUGGCGCUGCUGAGGCACCGGUGCCCGCUGCCUCCCCCUGGGGGCGAAGGGGGAGCGGCACCCUCCUUCCGGUGCCCGCACUGCCCCCAGGCCUUCGCCAGGGCCCUGGAGCUGGCCUGUCACCUGCCGCUCCACGCUGGGGAGCCCACCCUGCGCUGCCCACGCUGAGCCACACCCAACCCGGGCCGGGGGUGGGGGUCGGGGGGGGGCAGAGGCUGGGUCCUUCCGUUUCCCCCAACGCACCUCCCCCUCCCUCCCUCCCCUCCCCACCUCCCAGAACGUUUCUGGCAUCCCCCUCCCCACAUUCUCGUCUUCCAUUCCCUUCCCCCUAUCCCUCGUUCCCUCUCUCUCUCUGAUCCUCCCUCUCACUCUCUCAUUCCCAUCUCCCUCCUCUCUCUUUUGUUCCCCCCCCUCUCAUUCACCCUCUCCCUCUCUCAUUCCCCCUCUCAUUCCCCCUCUCCCUUCCUCCCCACUCUCUUGUUCCCCCCCUUCCUACCCCACCCUCGUUCCCCCCCCCCUCCCCCUCUCUCUUCCCCUCCCUAUCGUUUCUCCCUCUCC